AUGCAGUCGCAUCGCCAGUGCCCUCGAGCUAAUCCCUUUGCGGACGCCAACACGCAAUCAUGCCCCACCCACAAGACCGUAAGUUUACCCACGGCAGCGGUGCUCCUUCCUCUGGCGCAUCGUAGACAACUCACACCCUCUUGCCCGCCACGACAAAUCGCUCACACGCCUCCGGAUCUUGAGCUCGCCCUCGUGCCCCGUCGCCGUUUGCGUGGCCGUGUCGAACACUUCCGCCAACUCGCCUCCGAGGCAGCAGAGAGCAAAGUGGAGCGGGCAUUCAUCGCGGUGCAGCGGCCGGUGGAGGGGGUAGGGGCCGGCACUCGUCCACCACCGAGGCCGCCAUCCCCGGGCGCCCCAAUCAAGACACGCCGCCUCACCUCCAACACUUCUCGUCCUUUGGUGCGAAGCGCCCCGUCCCAACCGCCCUUGACAACCCGCCACACCCGCCCCCACCGCAGGGUGAACGCAGCAGCCGGCAAUGUUCCCUCCCUCCCUCAGCGGGCACGGCCAGCCCUCCGCAGCGGCGAGACCCGUCACGCUGGGACGCGGCGCACGAAGCUGCUCCACGUUGUCCCGCGGUGGAGGAGUUGUCCCCUGCGCCGUGCACGCCCCCCGACUGCGUUGGGGUGUGUGUGGCCCCGUUCCACCGCCGUCCGCACCGCCACUUCCCCCCCUCCCUUCAGCCGCAGGAAAUCCCAAGACGUGGCUCCACUUCGCGUUGAGCACAAACUCGCACACUCCCUCUGCCGUGCGGUCAACGGCUCACUGUGGCCGCGGCGGUGCCUCCUCCGCCCUUCCGCGCCGCGCUGCGGGCUGCCGAGUGCCGCCGGCGGGCCCCGACCUCCACCGACGCCGUCCCUGCAGCGCAGCAGAUGCAGGGCGCCCCCGCGGCAGCGCGAACUCCUUCCUCGCGCCUCCCAGGCAUUGCUCACAUGA